AAGAAAAUUUGCAAACAUGAAUGCUUUUGAACAAUCAAAGAAUGAUAUCAAUAUCUGGAUUUUUAUUCAGCAGUCUUCUACAACCAUUUUCCUACACGGGUUUUCUGCUUCUUCACACAUAAUUUUGUUAUUAGUUUUAUCCAUUUCAUGGGCUUGUAAGAAAUCCACAAUACCUACCCCUGAAAAUUCAAAACCAAGGUUGAAGAAUACAUAUACUUUAUACCAUUGGUCAACCCUUAUAUCUUGCAUGGGUCUGUCUUUUUGUGACCUUCUCCUAUGCAUGUUAAAUUACUUUUCUGGGUAUAGACAUGGUUGGUCUGAUCUAAAGAUUUUUGCCCAAUUGGAUUUUGGAUUCAGAACACUCACUUGGUUUGUGAUCUCUGCUUACUUGUACAUCAAGUUUCCUCAUUCAAGUGAGCACAGGUUCCCUAUUCUACUAAGGAUUUGGUGGGCCUUCUACUUCCUAAUGUCUUGUUUCUAUCUUGUUAUGCAUCUUGUUCUAUAUUGGAAACAUUCAUCCUUAUCAAUUCUGCUAUGGGGUUCCGAUGUUGUAUCCAUUAUUGCUUGUUUGUUCUUUUGUUAUACUGGGCUGUUUGGUAAGGGGCGAGAAUGUGAAGACUUCCUUCUUUUGGAACCUCUUUUGAAAAACAGUUCUAAUCGUAACAAUGGUGAUGGAGAGCAAGGAUCAACUGUUGGUGGAGAGACUGUAACUCCUUAUGCAAAUGCCAAUCUUCUUAGUAUUUUUAAUUUUGCUUGGAUUGGCCCUUUGCUUGCGCUCGGGUAUAAAAAAACAUUAGACCUUGAAGAUAUUCCUCAGGUUGCCAAUUAUGAUAGUGCCAAUGUGGUCUUUGCUCGUUUUAGAAAUAAACUUGAAUCAGAUGGUAAUGACAGUGGUCAAGUAAGCACACUCAAGCUAGUGAAGGCAUUGAUUCUCUCAACAUGGAAAGAAAUUUUAUGGACAGCUUUAUUAUCCAUUGUAUGCACGUUGGCCUCUUAUGUUGGACCAUAUCUUAUUGAUGCAUUUGUUCAGUAUCUCAAUAGCCCUCACCAACUAAAAUAUAAAGGCUAUAAACUAGUAGUUAUUUUUUUUCUUUCAAAGCUUAUAAGAUGCCUUUCAGAGAGGCACUUAUUCUUUCAAUUACGAAAGAUGACAAUGAAUGUCUGUGCUGCCUUAUUCUCAAUAAUCUAUAAGAAGAGUCUCAGACUUUCAAAUCAAUCAAAGCAGGACCACACUAAUGGGGAGAGCAUUAAUUUGAUGAGUGUUGAUGUUGAGAGGACUGGUUUUUUUAGUUGGUAUUUACACGAUAUGUGGAAGGUGCCUAUUCAGAUUGUUCUAGCAUUGUUGAUCUUAUACAAGAGCCUUGGGAUUGCUUCAUUGGUAGCUUUGGUUGCCAUAUUGAUUUUGAUGUUAGCAAAUGUUCCACUAGGAAAACUACAGAAGAAAUUUCAGAGGGAAUUGAUGGAUUCAAAAGAUCGAAGGAUGAAGGUAACAUCUGAGGCUCUGCGAAAUAUGAAGAUUCUCAAACUCCAAGGUUGGGAGAUGAAGUUCUUGGCUAAAAUUAUUGACCUAAGGAACUUUGAAACAAAAUGGUUAAAAAAACUACUUUAUUCAUCAGCUGUGAUUGCCUUUGUCUACUUAUCUACUCCCAUGUUUGUAUCCAUGGUUACUUUUGGUUUUUGUAUGUUUAUGAGAAUUCCGUUAGAUUCGGGGAAGAUUCUAUCUGCACUUGCAACAUUUCAGUUAUUGAAAGGGCCCAUUUAUAAUAUUGAAGACACAAUCUCUAUGAUAGUACAGACUAAAGUUUCCCUUGAUAGGAUAGCCUCAUUCCUCUGCCUUGAUGAUUUUCAUCCGGAUAUAGUACAUAAUCUUCCAGGAGAUAGUGACGAGGUUGUAAUUGAGAUAAUCAAGGGGAAUUUCUCUUGGGACCUUCAUUCUCCUAAUAUUACAUUGAAAGAUCUUAAUUUAAAAGUGUAUCAUGGUAUGAGAGUGGCUAUUUGCGGUUCUGUUGGGUCAGGAAAGUCAAGCCUACUUUCAUGCCUAUUAGGGGAAGUGCCAAAGAUAUCUGGAGCCAUUAAGUUGAAUGGGACAAAGGCCUACGUUGCACAAUCACCUUGGAUACAGAGUGGCAAGAUAAUAGACAAUAUAUUGUUCGGUAAGGUGAUGAACAAGGAAAGGUACGAAAUGAUUCUUGAAGCAUGUUCAUUGAAGAAGGACCUAGAAUUGUGUGCCUUUGGGGACCAAACUAUCAUAGGAGAGAGGGGGAUCAACUUGAGUGGUGGGCAAAAGCAAAGAAUCCAGAUUGCACGUGCUUUGUACCAUGAUGCUGAUAUUUAUCUGCUUGAUGAUCCAUUUAGUGCGUUGGAUGCUCACACAGGGACUCAUCUAUUUAAGGAGUGUUUGUUGGGAAUUUUGGGUUCAAAAACAGUAAUUUAUGUUACCCACCAAGUAGAGUUUUUAACUUCUGCUGAUCUUAUCCUGGUUAUGAGAGAUGGAAGGAUUACUCAAGCAGGAAAGUAUGAAGAAAUUAUUAGUUCAAGAACUGAUUUUAUGGAAUUUAUGGGUGCACAUAAGAAAGCUUUGGCAGACCUUAAUUCUGCCGAACGUCAGGCUGCUUUGAAUAAUUUAGUUAAUGACGAGGAAGAUGGAAAUAUGAUAUGUAGUGACAAGUCUAUUCAAGAUGAUGAAGAAACAGACCCCAAAAAUUACAAAAUAGAAAAAUUGGUUAAGUCAGAAGGACAACUUGUUCAAGAAGAAAAGAGAGAAAAAGGUGGAAUUAGUGUUUCAGCAUACUGGAAGUAUGUUACCACUGCAUAUGGUGGGGGUUUUAUACCAUUGAUAUUACUAGCACAAAUUCUUUUUCAGUUUCUUUUAAUAGUCAGUAGUUACUGGAUGGUGUUGGCUACUCCCGUUUCACAGGAUGUGAGACUUCAUGAUGGAGGAUCCACUCUCAUAUUUGUUUAUGUUGCUUUGACCAUUGGAAGCUCUCUUUGUGUAUUUAUAAGGUCCAUGCUCAUUGUAACUAUUGGAUACAAGACAUCCACUCUACUCUUCAACAAAAUGCAUAUGUGCAUUUUCCAUGCUCCCAUGUCAUUUUUCGAUUCUACUCCAAGUGGAAGGAUUCUAAAUCGGGUAUCCAUAGAUCAAAGUGUAGUUGAUACCACUAUUCCACGUCAAAUUGAAGAACUUCUUAUCUCAAUCGUAGGAUUCUUAGGAACUAUUGCAGUAAUGUCACAUGUUGCAUGGCAAAUGUUAAUAAUUUUUAUUCCAGUCACUGUGACAUGCAUCUGGUAUCAGCGAUACUACAUAUCUGCAGCACGAGAGCUAUCACGACUGGUUGGAGUAUGCCAAGCUUCAAUUAUACAACAUUUUUCCGAAUCUAAUUUAGGUUCAUCCACAAUCAGAUGCUUUGAUCAAGAAGAGAGGUUUAUAAACACUAACCUCAAGCUAGUGGAUGGUUAUUCCCGACCUAUAUUUCAUUUUUCUGGUGCAAUAGAGUGGUUAUGCUUCCGCAUGGAUAUGUUGGCAUCCAUCACAUAUGUCGUCUCUUUGAUUUUCUUGAUCUCUGCGCCGAAGGAAAUAUUGAGUCCUGGUGUUAUGGGUCUAGCAGUCACAUAUGGGCUUAAUUUUAGUAUGCAUGGGAUUAUAUGGGAUCUUUGUAGUCUUGAGAGUAAAAUCAUAUCUGUUGAGAGAAUACUGCAAUAUACUUCUAUCCAGAGUGAACCCCCUCUAUUGGUAGAAGAAAAUAAGCCAGAUCGAGAAUGGCCACAACAAGGGAAAGUUGAUAUUUUUGAUCUACAGGUCCGGUAUGCUCCACACCUUCCUCUUAUCUUGAGAGGUCUCACAUGCAGUUUCUUGGGAGGGAUGAAGAUUGGCAUUGUUGGGCGAACAGGAAGUGGUAAAUCAACUCUCGUACAAGUCCUCUUCCGCAUGCUUGAACCUACGACUGGUCAGAUUUGGAUAGAUGGUAUCGACAUUUCUAAGAUUGGUCUUCAUGACUUGCGGUCAAGAUUGAGCAUCAUCCCACAAGACCCAAUAAUGUUCGAUGGGACUUUAAGAAGCAAUCUUGAUCCACUUGAAGAAUAUACUGAUGAAAAGAUCUGGGAGGUUUUAGAUAGAUGUCAGCUUGGUGAUGAAGUUAGAAAGAAGGAAAGAAAGCUUAAUUCUGCAGUGACUGAGAAUGGAGAGAAUUGGAGCAUUGGUCAAAGGCAACUAGUCUGUUUAGGGCGGGUAUUACUGAAGAGGAGCAAAGUGUUAAUACUCGAUGAAGCUACUGCAUCGGUAGACACUGCGACUGACUAUCUAAUUCAACAAACGCUUAGGCAACACUUCUCAGGAUCGACUGUUAUCACAAUUGCACACAGGAUAACAUCAAUUCUUAAUGUUGAUAUGGUCCUCCUCCUUGAUAAUGGCCUUGUAUUGGAAUAUGAUUCCCCAACAAAAUUGCUAGAGAUCAAAUCUUCAUCAUUUGCAAAGCUUGUUAAGGAGUAUACUCGAAGUUGUAGUUCCUAGUUUUUGAAAGACUAAAUAAGUUAUGAAUGU